AUGUCCUGCUUCGUCAUUCGAAAACUUGCAAGCAGAAAGAUAACCGACCACUUGGACCGUUGCGUAAAGCAACAGCAAGUUACCAGUCAAGACACCUAUGAUCAAGGAACUUCCGAGUUGCACCCGCCAGACCCCGCAACCAAUGAAUCAUGUGUGAAAACUCGUCAAAGCUCUCAGCGGCGAAUAUCAAUCUCCUUCCUUCUCAACUGCCCCGACGACUUUCACCGACGAUUAGCAGAGCAACAUGAGGAUGAUCUUUUCGAGGCCACGAACCUGUCGGGCCAGUUCACAGAAACGUGGCCAUUUCUCUUUCACGCUUUCAUAAACCCGUCUGCGUUAGACACUACUUCUCAACAUCCCGACCUGUUAUACGGACUAGACGACUACCCGAGCUUAUCAAGAACAAGCGAAGAGCUAUUUCGUUGUCUUGGCCAGGCCCGUCUCCCCUACACUUCGGAUAUCGAGUCUGACCGCACGAGAGCCCGUGCAUUCGUCUCGGAGGCCAGUAUCAUGCGUUUCGUGAAUGCAUUCUUCCAAUAUGCAUACAGCAGCAAUCCUUUCAUCCACAAGGCCUCUUUCAAUGUCAAUACUGCGUCACGGUAUCUCGUCCUGGCUAUGUUACUCUUCGGGUUGACUUAUGCUUCCCCCGAGAAUGCUUCAGCUUACAAUGGGUAUUUGCAUGUUGUUGAGUUCCUUAUCUUUGAGGGACCUGAGUUCCAACAACUUUUACGGCAGAAAAAACAUUCAGUCAUUUCUAAGGAAAUCAUACAACUUAUCCAAGCGGCAAUACUGGUCAUCGAGCUACAGGGCUCACAGCACGAUGUGGAAAUAAAGAGACGAAUCCGGGUCCAGAGGCUGCCGACUUUGAUAUCUGUGGUUCGAUUAUUAGAUCUCACCAAAGUUGUCAAUGAUAUCGUUCUCGAUGGUAAAAUUGCCACCCUGGAGGAAUGUUCGCACAAAGAGACUCUUGUGAGGCUCAUGGCGUGGGUUUGUCUUCUUGACGCCUAUUGCGUCAUCUUUUAUCACUCGCCUCCUCAACUAAGACUUUUUGAAGCAGAGUUUGGCUUGCCAACACACGACGCUAUAUUCGAUGCGAUCAACCCAGCUGAAGCAAGCGAUGUUCUUGUAAAAAAGACCUCCCAAGCUGCACCUCCGACUCUUCGAUCGGUAGUGCAACGCUUGAUGGAUAAUAAGCCACUCAAUCUGGAAGUGGAGCACUUACAAAUUGACAGUCUCUUUGGACUUUUCCUUAUCUUAAGUGCACUUCACUGCGUUUUAUUUGACCUCCAAGCGCUAGCAUCCAUCAUCAACAUCCCGGAAGCUUUUAAACCUGUGGAGCGUGCUUUGGAUAGAUGGAAACUCAUAUGGGACUCGAAAUAUGCAGAGCUUCAGCUUUCAUCGAUGGGCCCGUCGGGGUUUAUGGUUCAUGCGUUGGAGUACUGGUGGCUAGCGAAAAAGCUGGUAAAACACCCACAGAUCUUUAGUAUGAGGGAUGAAGUUGCAGCGGACUCGACGGUGGCUUUUCGUGAGAUGGUUAGGAGUUUGAAAGGAAUGCAGUCAGAUUGA